CGAAAGGCAAAGCUUCCACGACCAUGCUGCAGGACAAGGCCAAGGACCCGGUAUUUGAAUGAUGCGAGUAUCUUCUUCAUUUACUUAAAUAGACGUAUGGCCAAAAGGAAAAGCGUGACGCUUUUUUGAGAACGACGGAAUAUGCACUUUAUCGUGCACCAUGAUAUUUUUUGUACUAUUUUACGACUACGGCGCUGGCGAGAAACCAACUAUACUCAAUACUCCUUUCUUUCAGUGUGACGAUGUGACGGAGCAGGGCACGGCGCAGGCAAAUGAUUGCUGCUGGAACGCAAAAUUUUUGCAGCUUGGUGGGGGCUGCGAUCCGUAUCAUGGCUGUUUAGAAGAAAUUCCACAUGUUGAUGCUCGUACCCCGGUGAAGAGGACCAGUGGCUCGGCGGGGGACUUUCAGAAGUGUGGCGAGUGUGAGAAGCACGUGAAGACGAUGCCCACCUGCAAGGUGCAAAAGAAAAAUAGUCCGGGGGAUACAACUGCCUGCGCGGACUACUGCGAUUGGUGGUGAGAAUAGUCCGCAGGAAUGUUGUCGUCUACGUCAGGGAGCGGGGCGGAUACUCUGACUCGAUCUCCUUUGUUUUUCGAAAGUUCAUCAACAUCACAGUCGCGAGUAGAGCACUCCAUUAACCAAGUAUUCUCAUAAUGAAAGCAAAAACAAAUCCACAGCUGUUCACUUACGCUAUGAGAGCGAACAACGUCCGCUUUCCCAUUGAAACUAAGCAUAUUUUUACUUUAUUCAGCGUGAAAAAAAAAUGUGUACAGCAAAGGGAAGGCGCAUGCGCAUUUUGAUUUUCUAGUUACGACUGCAACACUCCACCUCGAUUCUACCGUCAUCAGAUUGUUUGGAUUCUUUAUGUCACACAAGAAAACAAUUUUAAUUUAUCCAUUUUUUUCUGCCAAAUCAUGUACGUCUACGUUGGAAAUGCAGCCGCGUGUCCGAUAAAAGAUGCAGGUGCCAAGUACGAUUAUUUCCGGAAAAGUUUUGACCCCAGUUUAGCAGCUACUUAAUCUACACCUUUUCAUGUUUUUGAUUUUGUUCAGUCUAUGCAUUUGCCUCGCCGCAAUACGUUUUAGCAGCCGCCUUCCCGUAGUGUCUUGCAUGCAACUUCAUUUAUCGAACUUACAUACAGCCUAUGUUGAUGAAAAGUAGCAGGAGUACGAAAGGAGCAAGCACGAGGCUACUGGCUGGCGCCCCGUGUGCUAACCAGGAAGCAGGUCCUCCUCAAUCUUUUCGAGACGCGCAAAAACUCUACCCCAGACAAAUAUCUACACCUCGCCUCGAGGAAUCGCCUACCCGUUUUAAAAUUUGUUGCGCAGUCCAUGCAAGAACCUUGCAGCAAAAUGCUAUGGCCGGGAACGAGCAGCGAACACGACAGACGAGAGCAUUAUCUUUCCAUGUUGCAGCUUAAAAGUUUAUUUGAU